AUGGAAGAAGUAAUGAUUGAAGACCGUGAAAACAGUCCCAGAAGCUCCAAAAGAAUGAGAAAUUCGACUCUAAACCAAGAGACUUUGAUGAAUCCUCACAAUAUUCGUAUCCAACCACCAAACAAUAUGGUUAACAAUGAAGUUACUGUUAUGGACCAACAUAAUACAGCUAUGAUGGUUACGGACAAUUCAGCUGCUAGGUUCCAUGCACCCAUCAAUGAUCGCAUUGGGGACCCUACUCAGGAAACAAAAGUCAAAACUGAUAAGACUUUAAGGUUGUCUAAAAGUCUAAACUUCCCUAACUCGGCUUUUGAACCAUCUAUAGGCUUAUCUGGUGGCCUCCUUAUUUUAUGGAAAGAUGGCUUUGGUCUAGAGAUUGUUCACUCAUCCAAAAACAUGAUUCAUUGUUUGGUCAAGAAUGAUCCUUCUAAACCCGAAUGGAUUUUGUCACUAGUUUAUGGGUCUUGUAAACCUCAACAAAAGAAAGUUCAGUGGAGUUUUAUUAGAGAGCUUGGCUUAGAAGUUGACCAACCAUGGGUGUUGGUUGGUGACCUUAAUGUCAUCUUAGAUCCUUCUGACAGAGUUGGUAUUAAUGGAGCUUCUAGUUCUACUUCUUCGUCAGUCAUUCAAUGUAUUCAAGAAGCAGGUUUAGUAGACUUAACCUACAAUGAUAUCUUUGGGAAUAUAGACACAAAUAUCAGACAACUUCAUUCAAAGCUUGAUUGUCUUCAUCAGCAAGCAUGUCAUAAAGACAACACAAGCAACAUUCUAGAAGUGGAAGCUGAGAUUCAUAAAUGGGAAGAUAUCAAAAAGGAAUUCUGGCAGCAAAAGAAUAAAGACAAUUUCUUCAAAGAAGCAGAUAACAACACAAAGUUUCAUCAUGCGAAUGCUAACAGAAGAAGAUCAAGCAACAUAAUAGAUGCACUGCAGAAUAAGAAUGGUUUAUAG